GAAACAAAAAGGAGUGAGUGAAAUAAAGAAGUUAGUUUUGUGGAGUGAAUUUCGAAUAUCUGUUUUUCGAAACGAAAGAUACUAUUCUUUUUUUCUUGUGAUAAAUAUGAAAAAAAUGUGAAAUAAAAAGGAUUAAGUGAAAUAAAGAAGUUAGUUCUGUGGAAUGGAUUUCGAAGAUUCAACUGUGUUACGGAACAAAAGAUAUGAUUCUUUAAAUCAGAAAGAAUAAGAGAAUACUUUAAAUUAUGCAGGCAAAGAAAAGACUUCAAGUAGUAUUUUUUUUGAGUGCAACGUUUACAUGCUUCACAUUUUUAAACAAGCCAGUAUAUAUCUCAUAUAAAAUAGAGAGUGAUGAUAUUCAAAUUCCAAAUUUAAAUACAGUCACAGUGUCGAAGAGUUAUAUACUUGAUAUUCUUUCGUCGAAAACUCGAAAGAGACUGAGAGAUGAAAUUCAAGAACGAGUAAAUAAGUUGGAAGAACUUUGUGAUAUUCAUGGAAAUCCUAAGCGCUUGGAAACUGUUAUAUCGAAAAUGAUUAUCAAUGUAGAACACGGAAUCUCAUGGUGCCCCAUAUACAAAUCUGCAAGUUCAACAUGGAUGAAACAUUUUGCAUCGCUAAAAGGAAUUUUAACCAAAGAAACGAAAGAGCUUGUGGAGCAAAAUUUGGUUCAAAUAAGUACUCUUGUCCACAAAGCUUAUGAAAAUGAAUUAAACACUAACGCGACAAUCGAGAAACUAAGUAUAACGAAAAAAUUCUUGGUAGUCAGACAUCCAUUCGAACGUUUACUCUCUGCUUAUAGAGAUAAAUUAGAACAUAUGGAAGGGCGAGAAUAUUAUUACCGACGAUUUGGAAGACACAUAACAUACAAAUAUCGUCAAAAUAAAAAAGAGAAUGACACAAGACUCGAACCAUUAUUCGUCGAAUUUUUGGAAUUCAUAGCAAAAGAAAAAUACUUUGACGAACACUGGGUUCCAUACUAUGAAACCUGUAUGCCAUGUGAUAUUAAAUAUGAUUAUAUAUUAAAAUUGGAAUCACUAAACGAAGAAAUAUCGUUUUUACUUUUGGAGACUGGACUACAAGAUCAUAUAGACUUUAGAGUUGAAUUUAACAAUAUUACUUCUCGAGAAGCAACUACCAAAUCUGUGACAAAAAAAUAUUAUAAGGACGUUCCUCUUUCGCUCUUAAAAAAGAUAUAUAGCGUUUAUGAAACAGAUUUUAAAUUAUUUUCCUACUCGUCCGAAGAAUAUUAUUUAUUGGGGAAGAAUGAAUAGAAAAAGACAAAUGUGAUGCAAUUUCGACUGUUUAUGGUUAUAAAAAAUCCUUUGUAUAUAAAG